AUGAUCGUCUUCAUCCAAUCCCAGGUGUUGCCGUCUGCAGGGGUCGCCUUGCUGAUCUACGUGCUGUGGAAGGUAGCCAGAAUCCUGUUGGCACCGCUGUGGUCCACGCUACGAGAUCUGCCCGGACCGGCGAGCCCCAGUCUGAUCUAUGGCAAUCUUUCCGACAUACACAAGGCCGAUGAUUCAGUGCUGCAUGAAGCUUGGGUUGAAGAACAUGGCCCAACGAUCACCUACAAGGGCUGGUUGAACUCACACAAGCUAUACACCCUCGACACGAGAGCUCUGGGGCACAUCUUGAGUCACUCACACGACUACGCCAAACCUGCAAUGGAUGCUUUCUUCUUGGGAAAGAUUGUUGGUCAAGGUUUACUCGUGGUGGAAGGUGAUCAGCACCGUCAACAGCGUCGUGUUAUGAAUCCAGCCUUCGGAUAUGCUCAGAUCCGGGGGCUGACCGAGAUCUUUGUCGAGAAAGCACAACAGCUGCGGGACUUCUGGAGCGACCAGAUCGCAGUCGCCGGCGCUCCUGCCAGGAUCGAUGUUACCGCUGGUUUGGGCAAGAUGACUCUGGACGUCAUCGGACUUGCUGGAUUCAAUUACGACUUCAAUGCAUUAGAUGACAAGCCAAACGAGCUCAAUCAGGCGUUCACCACCAUGUUCCAAGCCAUUACGAGCGCUAGCACAGGCUUGGCCGUUGUCCUCAAAUAUGCAUUCCCAAUCCUGGAUAUCAUUCCGGACAGCUUUGCGAAGGGCACAAAUACGGCGCAAGCGGUCGCACGGCGCGUUGGCAUGCAGCUCAUCCAGGACAAGAAAGCGGAGGUUAUGAGGACUUCUGACGAAAAGGGCGUUGGCGAUGCCUUAGGCAGCCGCGAUCUUCUCACAUUGCUCAUAAAGGCCAACAUGAGCACGGACAUCCCAGUGAGUCAACGUCUGUCCGACGAAGACGUCCUUGCACAGGUACCGACGUUCCUCAUCGCGGGACACGAGACCACGAGUUACGGAACUGGCUGGGCUCUCUUCGCUCUCGCUCAAGCGCCGUUAAUCCAGCGCAAGCUUCGCGAGGAGCUCCUCGGCGUGCAGACGGACACGCCGUCGAUGGAUGAACUCAACGCGCUUCCUUAUCUCGAUGCCGUGGUGCGCGAGACGAUGCGGCUGCAUGCACCGGUGCCAGCUACUGCAAGGGUAGCAUGCAAGGACGACAUGAUCCCUCUCAACACACCGUAUACCGACCGUCAUGGCCAAGUCCACGACCACGUCAAGCACACAGAUUCUGAUACCGAUUCUCGCUCUGAACCGACGCAAGCACUCUGGGGCGAGGACGCUUUCGAGUUCAAACCGGAGCGCUGGGAGAAGCUUCCUGAGGCAGUCCAGAGCAUCCCGGGUGUGUGGGGCAAUUUGAUGACCUUUAUAGGUGGACCACGCGCUUGCAUUGGAUAUCGAUUCUCGCUCGUCGAGAUGAAGGCGUUACUUUUUGUCCUCGUGCGAGCAUUUGAGCUGGAGCUCGCGCUUCCCGCGAACGAUAUCAUCAAGAAGAGUGCCAUCGUUCAACGCCCGUACAUUCGGGAUCAGGUAGAAAGGGGGAGCCAGUUGCCAUUACUGUUCAAACCUUAUCAGAACGUGUAA